CCAGGGGAAUGAGGGUUUCUUUUGUGAUUCUUAUUCUCUCUGGUUCCGAAGCGGGCUAAAAAUGCUUCAGCUGCCCAGAGGAGGGGUCGUCAGAAUUAUGCUCGAGGUCCCCGGAAGGAGCCUCUAGCGUCGGAGAGAGUGCCCUCAGAGCUCUGAUGCCCCCUCGCUCCCUCACCCGGUUCCUCUGCCUCUCGGGACCCCGGCAUCGCUCCAGACCGACUUUUUUGGCUCUGAUGAGGACUCCUCCCUGCCGUAAUACCCUUGAUAUAGAAAUAGAAGUCUUUGCUGGUGUCAGUAACCACAACGCCGACAAAAGAUCUGAAAACAAGUCCACAGCAGCAACGACCGUAUUAGUGAUGCUUACAGCAGUGAUGAUAACGUUGCAUUAAUGAACAGCAUGAUUAAUAGGCUAUUGAAUCUGACGCCCCACUCAACAAAUUGGUUUUACUGAGUGCAGAUAGCCGGAUACAGCACAACUUUCAGAAGGCCAAAGAUUGGCGAAAGUCAAGGGGACAAUUCAUCUCUUUAGAAAACCACAGAGAUCUCUUUUUGGCAAGUUAUUACAGGAAUUUAGACUUGUAGCAGCUGAUCGAAGGUCCUGGAAGAUACUGCUCUUUGGUGCAAUAAACCUAACAUGUACUGGCUUCCUGCUAAUGUGGUGCAGUUCCACUAACAGUAUAGCUUUAACUGCCUAUACUUACCUGACCAUUUUUGAUCUUUUUAGUUUGAUAACUUGUUUAAUAAGUUAUUGGGUGAUGAUGAGGAAACCUAGCCCUGCCUAUUCAUUUGGAUUUGAAAGAUUAGAAGUCCUGGCUGUGUUUGCCUCCACAGUCUUGGCACAGUUGGGAGCUCUCUUUAUUUUAAAAGAAAGCGCAGAACGCUUUUUGGAGCAGCCCGAGAUACACACGGGAAGAUUAUUAGUUGGUACUUUUGUGGCUCUUUCCUUCAACCUGUUCACAAUGCUUUCAAUUCGGAAUAAACCUUUUGCUUAUGUUUCUGAAGCUGCUAGUACAAGUUGGCUUCAAGAGCAUGUUGCAGAUCUUAGUAGAAGCUUGUGUGGAAUUAUUCCAGGACUUAGCAGUAUCUUCCUUCCCCGAAUGAAUCCAUUUGUUUUGAUUGAUCUUGCUGGAGCAUUUGCUCUUUGUAUUACGUAUAUGCUAAUUGAAAUUAAUAAUUAUUUUGCUGUAGACACUGCAUCAGCCAUUGCCAUUGCUCUGAUGACGUUUGGCACUAUGUAUCCCAUGAGCGUGUACAGUGGGAAAGUAUUACUCCAGACAACACCACCCCAUGUUAUCGGUCAGUUGGACAAACUUAUCAGAGAGGUAUCUACCUUGGAUGGAGUUUUGGAAGUCCGAAAUGAGCAUUUUUGGACCCUAGGUUUUGGCUCAUUGGCUGGAUCAGUUCACGUGAGAAUUCGACGAGAUGCCAAUGAACAAAUGGUUCUUGCUCAUGUGACCAACAGGCUGUACACACUUGUAUCUACUCUGACUGUUCAGAUUUUCAAGGAUGAUUGGAUCAGGCCUGCCUUACUGUCUGGGCCUGUUGCAGCCAAUGUCCUAAACUUUACAGAUCAUCACGUAAUCCCAAUGCCUCCUCUGAAGGGUACUGAUGAUUCAAACCCUGUCACAUCAACUCCAACUAAACCUAGUAGUCCACCUCCAGAAUUUUCAUUUAACACCCCUGGAAAAAAUGUGAGCCCAGUUAUUCUUCUAAAUACGCAAACAAGACCUUAUGGUUUAGGUCUUAAUCAUGGACACGCACCUUAUAGCAGCGUGCUUAAUCAAGGACUUGGAGUUCCAGGCAUUGGAGCAACCCAAGGAUUCAGGACUGGUUUUACAAAUAUCCCAAGUAGAUAUGGAACUAACAGUAGAAUUGGACAACCAAGACCAUGAUGUACUAUAAUUUAAUUUAUUUUUAUGAGGAAUAUUGACUCCUUGAGUUUCAGUUGAUUUAGUAAUCCACUUUGCAUCGACUGUUCAAUCAUUUACUCUAAAUGUUAGAGAGUAGUAGGCUUGUUCACAUUUCAUGAAACCAAUGAAACUAUAUUUUUGUAAAACAUAUUUGGGGCAGUGAGAACCUUUUAAAUGUUAUAGACUUUAAAUAGGCUUCCUUUAGAAAGCGUGUUCUCUAAAUUUGAAUUUUGCCAUCUUUGGUUUUGUAGUUGAUUGCAGUGUGAUAUAGCAUUACCUUUAUAAGAGAACCACUUGAUGGAGUAGAUUUGUCACAUUAUUAAAAAUAUAAUGCUUUCUGCAGUGAAAUUUAUAAACAUGCUUCUUGAGUACACAUUUUAGGAAAGGGGAAAAAUGUCUAUUCUAAAAGUAAAAGUCUCUUUUAUAGAUUUUCCAAACUUAAUUGCUACAUUUUUCUUUGAGGUCCUCCUGUGGUAUGCAAAGUAAAGGCAAACAUUUUUAUCAGAAAUUUUGAAACAUAUUUUACUAUCUGGCACAGUUAAAAAUUUUUAAUUAUCAGUUUUUUAAUAGUUUUUCUCAUUAAAAAACUUCAAUACAUUUGUAAGUGACCCAUCAAUCUCACAAUGUCUUAUUUUGGUUAAAUAAACAUCUUAUCCUUAAGUGAUAAGCAGUGAAGGAAUUCCAGUUUUCAGUCUUACAUUUAAUUAAAUACUGACAUAAUGAUAGAUUUUUAUCCUUUUUGUAACCUUUUUAUUGGUUGACUUUAACUUUUCAUUUUAUUAACAAAAUAUAACAUAUAUUACCAAAAUAUGUGGAAUUCCAUACAAUGUAGUACUUUUUGAUCCUUUUUUCAAAGUUGCAUGAACAAUUUGAAUUUAAAUUAUAUAAUUUUGCCAAAACCUAGUGCACCUUAGGUUUAUAGAAUGUAGUAUUGGUUAGAUCUGCAGUAGGCAGUUUCUAACUUAUUUUGUUCUGCUUUAUUGAAAAUAGUGAAUUGUUAACAUUUAUAAGUAUGAGAAUCAUGUAGAUUAUUUUAUUUUUAAAUUAUUUUCCAAAUACAAAUGUUAAGGACUUCCCAACAUGGCCAGUAUUACUUAUAAAAAGUAUAACAAGCAACAGUCACAAAUUACCUAUGACUUUUUUUUUCUUGUUUUAUCAUGCAUUUUAUACUUAGGUUUUAAAAAUGGGUUUUGAGAAUGGAUUCAGCUUUUCUAGAAUCCAGUACUCCUGGAGAUUUGUGACAUUUCCAGCCAUCAGCAACUAUCUAGAGAAGUGUUUGUUUUUGUUUUUUAAAUUUGCAACUUUCUUCAGUCAACUCAUCCUCUUUUAAAUAUAAGCAACCCUCCCAAAUUCCUGUUUCUUUACAGUGGAGUAAUAAACAUCUACGAAGCCAUCUCUGUCAAGUAGAAUUGUAGUCACACUGUGAGAAUAAGUGACCAUGUCCCAAGUAACUUUUGCUUGAUGAGGAGUUGAUCAUUGUCUUUGACAUUUGCAGCCCUGUUCAGCCAUUUGACCUGCUGAAGAAAUAGAGCCCAAGCCACCUUGACUGCUGGGGAAAAUGAAACGUAAAUGUGAUAAGGCAACCUGUUCCUUGACAUUUGUCUUUCGUCCUCCAACUAUUUCUAUACCUAUUAUUGGUCUACUAUUACAGGGUGAUUUUUCCUCCAUUGAUCUCAUCUAAAUGUGAAUUUGGGUCAUGUGUGAAAUCUGAAGAACUGCCUUGUACUGAAUGAUGAUUAAGAGGUAUGUGCUGCCACGCUAUGCAUGUCUUCUCCGUCUCCAGGGGAUUUUUAAAGUGCCCGGGUACUAAACACAGUUCUGUGCAAGGUUAAAUGGCUGUUUCCUCAACACUCAUUCAGAGGUUACAUCUGUUCUGUUGUCCUUCCAAAGGUGCUUUGAUACCCGACUACACUACUUGAGAAGUUGCAUAUGGGUUCUUGAAGGGUUGGCUCUACUUGCCGAAAUUUGAUAAUGCCAACUGCUGCAGUUGGCAUUGCUCCAGACAUUAUUAUAUAAAGAAGUCUUAUUUGCCAACCUUCAGAUAGGUUCUGGAUAUGAAAAUAAGAAAUUUGGCCAGCAUAAGCCUAGAUUUAGUAGCCUAACUGCUAAAUCUUGCCACGGAGUUACAUGAAGCUAGACCAAGAAGCAAGUUUGAGUUAAAAACUUGACCCAUGGUUUGUGAUUAAGAGCAAGUUCCACGGAGUGUGAUUAAUUUUGUUUGAGAAAUUACUGUUUUAUAAUGGAGGAAAACAUUGGGCUGUAAGACAAGAGAUUUGGAUUCCAGUCCUGAUACUGCCACGUUUGAGUAGUUUUAUAACCAUGGGUAAGUCAUUUAACUCCUCUGAGAUUUCUCUCUGUAAAGUUAGGGUGGGAAAUGAAGUAGUUGAUCUGUAAACUGUCAGCUCUAAAACUGUAUUACUAAAUCUGCAGAAAAUAUAUCCACUUGUGAAAUAGAAUAUUGUACCCAGAAUUUCUUUUUAGUGACUACCUCAACAUACAGGCCAAAUGUUACCUACGCCAACACCCAAGCCAUUAAUUUGAGGUGCCAUGAGAGCAGAGAGUAAACUACAGGCUGACAUUUGGGUUUUGUGUAUUUCAGAGUUGCCUUGACUUAAAUCUGUUUAGCUUAAACAGAUUUUUCUUAGACUUCUUUCUUUGUGAGGAAGGAUUAUUUUGGGAGGUGUUGGGGAAAAGAUUAGGACAGGGUACUCUUACCUUUCACAGGGUACUAAAGAAUGGGGUCCAUUUUUUCUUCUUUAAUCUCUGAAGUCACAGAUGGAAUAGCAUACAUGUAUCAGCAACUGGUUUAGCUACUCAUUCAAGCAUCUGAUUGAGCUACUCAUAAACUGCCAAUUUUUUGCUUAACCAAAGAUUGCUGAUUAUGGGGCAGGGGAGCCUGAUCUGCUUUUUAUACAAGAAAAUACUUUUACAUUCCAAAUUGUUUGAAUUAAACUAUUUGAAUAAAGAACAUACGUGGACUUUUC